AUGAGACCACAGUCUCCCAAAUUUUUUCAAACUCAGACUAUUGCAACAACUAGAGUUGUCAAUUCCCCACCCAAAGACAAGCGUCAUGAUUCUUGUGGUAGAUUAGCAAAGGUUACAACCUAUUAAUCAAGGCCUAAAACCACUCUCACCACUACUACGUAUAGACCUGUUAUAGAGACUAGGACUGUAAAGUUGUGUACAGAAAAAAAGUGUUAAGGACAUGAAACCUUAAUUGAUUAAUUGACAUAAGAAAAUAAUAAAUUAAAUUAAAGAGUAAAUGAACUUUAAAAUGAAUUAGAUCAGUAGGUGGAGAAAUAUGAAGGCGAAUAAUAAGUUUGGGUUAACACAAGCUUGGAAACUGAGAGCAAGAUAAAACUACUAGAAGAAACCUAAAAAAAUCACAAGCAAGAAGUUUCUUAUCUAAAUUCAGAGCUUAAUACUUUUAAAUCAUAGUUCUAAUAUUAGGAUGAUUAAAUCAGAUUCUUAUCCUCAUAGUUAAAAUAGCAAGAAGUACUUGAAAACAAAAUUGCUCUAUUGAGUUCUGAGAUUGAAAGACUUCAAUACGUGAUUGAAGAUAAAAAUGAAGGCAUUUCACUAUUGAAAUUUAGAGUUCAAGAUUAUGAAAAGCAAUUGUAAGUGGGGUAAAAUGUGAUUGAGGAUAGGAACCAUUUAAUCUAAGAAUUGUAAUAGAAAUAUAAUCAUUGCGAACAAGAACUCCUAUUUUCAAAUAACAUAAUCCAUGAGCUAAAAUUUGAAAUUACACAAAAAGACUCAUAAACAUAAUAAAUGCUAGCUUAAAAAGAUUCAUUAAUGUAAACAUAUAGAGAGAAUCUGGAAUUGUUAGAAAAGAAAUUAGCAUAAUCUCAAUAAAAUGAAUAAUUAUUGUAAGAUCAAAUAGAUAAGACUGAAAAGGAAAGAGAAGAUAUAAACAAUAAGGUUCAAUAACUUGAAACAGAAUUAAAUGAAUAUAGAGAAUAAAACUAUAAUUAAAUUUUAUAGUGA